AAACCCCACAAACAGAUGAGGAAGGGCCUGUGCCGUGCUCAUCGGCCGAGAACGUGUAUGUAGUCGAGGGGGUGGGUGUCGAAGACAAUACACGACCGAAUGGCACUCAUUCGAGCGAACAAAGUGGUGGCCUUUCUGAAGGGCCAAACAG